UUUCUACAAUAAAAAGUCGAAACAUUUGAAUCAAAUUCUCUCUUACUACACACUCUCACUUCUCACCACUGUUUACAUUACUACACACAUUCACUACAUUAUUUCUUUCUCCUUUUCUCGUUUUCACUUCUGCCUUUUUCAUUUCAUUUACUACAGAGGUGUCUUCCUUCUAGUUGUGGCGGAAAAAGAACUGUUUUACACAUUAAUCUGAUUGCAUUCAAGGUCACAAUCAUGAAUAUUUCAGGGGGGGAGGCCAGGAAACUCACAAGUCAAGAUAUACAACUGGUACAAAAUCGUAUACAGCGGUGUCUCCAGCAUUACAUGAACAAAAAGGAAGUCAUAAAUGCUCUCAUCAUUCAGGACAACAUUGAGCCGCAUUUUACUGAAAUAGUUUGGCAGAGGCUUGAAGAAGAAAAUCAAGAAUUUUUCAAGGCAUAUUAUAUGAAGUUAUUGGUGAAGGACCAAAUAAUGGAAUUCAACAGGUUGCUUUCACAACAGGUGGAGCUGAUGCAUCGAAUCGGAUUCAGUGGGAUUCCUCCUAUGUUCACGUCAAAUGGAUCGCAUAUUUCACCAUCACAGCAUAUCUCCACAUCCUCUGCUGCACAAAAUGUCAGAACUCUGAAAACAGAGGACAUUCAGCAAGCAAACGUGUUUCAAAAUUGCAGACCGGCAGUCCCAUCGUAUCUACAAGGAACCGUCGACGGGUCUGUUCAUAGUAGAAAGAUUGAUGUUUCUCCAAACUUGUUCUUGUCCCAAAACUCAAACGUGGGGUUGGCUCAAACUAUGAAUGGGAAGAUUGUUAAGACAGAGGGUGGUUAUGCUGGUAGUUCGCCUUUUGAUUUCAGUCCGCCUAGCAAUUAUCUGGAAUCACGUCCGUUGAUGGGUGAUGCAUCUGUCUCGUCUUUCAGUAGUGUAGAUUCUAAUGCGCAGCAUCUAAACGACACAAUCUUGGAUGGUGACACUUCUUCCUUUGGUUUUCUGCCACAAAUUCCUCAGAGUUUUGGUCUCUCGGACUUGACAGCUGAUUUUACAAGUAAUUCUGAUCUCCUUGAGAGUUACUGUAGGCCUCCAUUUCUAGCAACAGACGCCAACAACUUCAUGGAUCCCCAUGGAAAUGUCGAGAGGUUGGAGGACCCUGAAUCUGAAAGUCUGAGAUAUCAAUGCUUCGGCGGAGACUAAUAGAAUGAUUCUGGAUGAACCAUGCAUUGGGGAUGGAGGUUCUUGUACAUUUGGCUUCAUACAGACAAAAUUGCUUCAGGCAUCUCAACUGGCAGUAGUUUGAUGUUGGGAGUCGAGUUAGAUUAAUGUCUUGUUUUGCUUUUGGAUGUUUGGUUGUGCUUUUGUUAGGUUGACAUGUAAUUAUGGGGAUUAUGUAAUGUUGCUAGUCUGCAGCUGUACAAAUAGGGCAAUGUUUGUGUACAUUUCCUUUGCCUUAGAAGUGAUGUUUUGUGGUUCA